AUGGCACUGUGCGAGGACACAGAGGAGCUCCUCCGUGUCGUUUGUGAGAUUGGUGAGAUAAAGUCUAUGAGAGUGGCAGUGGAGAGCAGUGUCAAGGCAGGGAUUAUUGUUGGCACAGUAACCACAAUCUGUGGAUUAUUGCUGGGACCCUGGGGAUUGGCUUUUGGUGGGACAGUGGCUGGUGUUACAACAGCAUACAAGUGGAAUGGAAGUUUCCGAUCAGUUCCGAACAUUCUCCUCAACGACCUGACCGAAGUCCAAAAAAAUCGUCUGGCAACGGCACUUAAGCGUCUACUUACCCAGCAGAAUAUUUUAACAGCCGCUGAUUUUGCCUUAAAAGUUGCUACAUACGACAGCAUCACUGGCCUGGUGAUCCCUAUCGUGAGGUCUUUCUUGGAAACGGAUAUGAGAGUGACUGUCAUAUGAUAAGAGGACAGGAAAGGCUAAUUUUUGUAUCAGAUAAUUUGUCUAAAAUAUAAAAUAUAUAUGGCUGGUAUUAGUGUACAACACACGAUAAAGUGAAUAAAUAACUCAUUACAGUUUUUUUA